GCUAACAUACAUUUAAUAUUCCUUUUAGAAUUUAUGAUUGGUGAAUAUGCCUAUUAACAAAUCACCUAUGAUUAAUACAUAUGGAGGCAUAUCUUCCCCUUAUCAUGAAGCGCUCUGGAAAUUAAAUUUUCAACAUUUAAGUGAAGGAAGGAGUCGUAAAUCAAGGCCAACAUUUUCAAUCACAAAAGAAUUCAUCUUGAGAUUCAAUCAAACACAAAAUUCCGAAGAGAAGGCAGAAUUGUUGGAACUAGCUAGAAAAAUCAUUCUCCGAUGUAAGAGAAAAUUGGGUCUCAAAACCCUGGGCUCUGGGAAGCAUGUGCAUCUUCCUGCUGCAUGGAUUGAAGUAAUAUAUCUGGCUCAAUGCAAAGGGGAAAUCCAAGAUGAAGCUUUAAAUAUGCUUUAUGCAUCUCUAGACCAUGCUUCCUUUGAUUAUGAUCAUCUGCCUGCCUUAUUUUUUGUUGCGGAAUCGGUUUUAUACAGACUCUGUUGUGAUGCAUCCCUCAAAACGUAUUUAUAUUCAGUUGAAAUAAAGCUAGUAAAGAUUGGCUAUUUGGUCUUCUUACGACUUUUUAUAUUUUUCCUGCAUGGUCAUCUAGAAAGUUUUAAGCAACAUUUACUUAGGCUUCAACCACAUUUAUACGCACUUUCUUUCUCUGGAGCAUCAUAUCACAAGUAUCCAAACAUCUUUUCAAAUGUGCAAUUCAUCCUGAAAGCCUCGGAAAUUAUAGGUAAAAGAGAACUCCAUUCUGAAUCAAUUUUUAGCCCUGUGGAAAAUAAGAAAAGACAUGAGAACACAGAUUCUGAUAUGGGAGGAUAUGAAAUUAACCACCUGCUCUGGCACUGUGUUGCUGCUUGGUCUUGUGUUCAGAAUAACAGUCCUCGGUUGAAUAAUGUGCUUGAACAUCUCAUCUUCCAUAAGAAACAGCUUCAAAAGAAAUGCUGGUUGGAUUCAGUACUGGCUUUACUGGUCCUUGGGGAGGCUGCCAAAUUAAACAUGGCCUGCUUGAAAGCUUUAAUGGACAUAGUGAGAGAUUUUGUUUCAAGCAUUAUGUCUGUUCAAAAUCAGGGAGAAAGUUACAAGGUAGAUGAUUUUUCCUGGGCCUGGAAUGUAGUCUACAUAUAUACAAUAAUUCUUGCAGAAAUCUGCUUGUAUGCAGCCACUUCUGAUUUGCGAAAAACUGCUCUAAUUGGUUUCUGUCAAUGUAAAAGUUCACGAAAAAAUAUUUUACGCUUGGACAAAUCAGUCCCUCCAGAAUUAAAGGAAGCAAGUAUUUUAAGUCUUUUGGAAUAUUUCUCUUCAAAAAUGUCAGAGAAUUGUGAUCAAGUAGUCUGGACUGGUUACUAUGGCUUAGUGUAUAACCUGGUGAAAAUUUCAUGGGAACUUCAAGGAGAUGAAGAACAGGAUGGACUUAGAAAUAUAAUAUGGCAAACAUUGCAGAAAACAAAGGAUUAUGAGGAAGAUAUACGAAUCCAAAAUGCAAUCAAUAUUGCUCAGGCUGAGUUAAAUGACCCAACCGAUCCUUUCACUAGGUAUAGUACAAACAUCUCAUCAAAUGUAGGAGAAGAAGUUUUCUCCAAAUAUAUUGGGUGGAGAAUUGCCGACACUCUUUCCAAACUGUUCUUUCCCCCCAUUGAGGCCCAUGUUCUUCCUUUGAAGAAACCAUCAAUAAAAAAGGAUCAAACAAAAUAUCGGAAUAAAAAGCUGGAGUCCAUGAAAAAGAAAGUUCUACAUUUCACUGUAAGGGAACAUCCUUCUGUAUCAGAAAUUCCCAUGUUUCCAUAUCCAGAUUUCUUCACCAAGGCAGAUAAAGAGUUGGCAAAAAUCAUUGACCAUCACUGGCGGGAAGAGCUAAAGAUCCGAGAAAAAGAAGAUGCAAUAUGCAAGGCCCAAGAACUUAAAGAUAAAAAGUUAGCAGAGAAAAAACACUUUGAAGAAGUUAUGAAGAAAAGAGAAGAGAAACUACAUAAGCAAACUAAGCCCUAUGAGCUUCCAUAUAGGAAGGAAGUAAUUUAAUUAGAAAAGAAAAUGCCACCUCCCAAAACUGAGGUCUACAUGGCAGAAAUACAUAGCAUGAAAAAUACCAAGAUAGCUACAUAGUAAAAGAACUUCUUGUCAUUAAAUUGAGGUAUUGUUUAGAAAGAACUUGUUAUCCUGAUACAAGCUGUUUAAUAGUUAUUUCUUAGUUCUAAAUUAAUGACCAACUUUUAAUCACACUUGAAUGAAGUGAUUUCACUAGUCAAAAAUUUCCAAGACUACAUGUAGUAUUUUUCUCAAUUGACAUUUAUCUCAUGAUUGUACAGCAUACUUGAUAACUGAUUCGCAGAACAUUGAUGUUCAUCAAACAGUUUGAUGGAAAUUCAUUAUAGAUUAAUGAGUCACCAUACAAGAAUUAUUUCUUGAAAACAGAAUGAGCAUAAGCUAACAAUCCUGUAAUUACUAUUAUUCAAAUAAAAACAUUACGGCAUCUUACUUGAUUGGCAUUUUAUAAUCAAUUUAUACCAAACCAAACAAACCCUAUUUCAGAGAUUUGAAUACGGAAGGGCUGGUCAUCUUAGACUGAUUGGCUUGAUCUUUAACAGAUGCCAGAGGGGACUCCUGAGAGAUGCUGGUUUUACUCUGUUCUGUGAGUUUAUGAGAAUGAAUUUGUAUGAUCCUGGAAGGUCCAGGAGUAACUGUUGAAACCAUUCGUACAGAUAGGAGUUAUUUUAGAAAUGGAACUUCACUUCACCUGAAGUUCGGAACCUAAGAGUAAGAGUAACAGGGUGGAGUUUUUGUGAUGUCUUAUAUCCCUUUCCUGAAAACUGAAAAAUAUAGAUAAUAAUCAUACCUCAGUUUCACACAAGUGACUUGGUGAUACUCAAGAGACAGGGACUUUAGCAGGGGUGUCAAACUCAAAUGACUACCAGGUCAGAAAGGAAACAUAAAUUAGUGAAGCCGGCUAAGGAAUAGCUAUCCUAUCUAGAGAAAUUUCCCACCACUUGGUUGCAUUCUGAAAUGUAUGUCAGUAUUGUAAACUCCUCCAGUCUUUCAAGAAGCUUUUAAAUGGGAUUAUUUUUCAAAAUAAAAGUAGCUAAGUAACAAAAUGUUGACAAUAAUUUUUAAUAGCAUAUUUUCAAGUUAAGUUUGAUCCAUGGACCAAAGUUUGUGACCUAUAUUAUGUGAAUUCAGGUAUCAUUCUUUGUUUAAAAUAACAAUAACAGACGGCAGAAAAAUGUUGCGUGUAGGUUGCUGUUUUGAUUUCCUGUAUAGCUAAUUCAAACUUACAUUUCUCUUUCUAAACCUUUUAUCUUACCCUUGUGGUCUCAAAUGGAGACUAUGAAAAUUCCUAGAAAUAUCUCCCAAUACGCCUUUCCAAAUACCUUCCUCCAUCUUUGAUUUCUUCACUUGUGGGGGGGAAAAAAAAAAAAUCUAUAGAAGACCAGCCAGUCCCUUUUCUCCAGAUCUUAUCCUUUCCAAAAUCUUGUUCCAUCAACUAUUCACUAUCUUCUCUUAAGUCCCUCUUCAUCACUCACUCCUAAACCCAUCGAGGUUUCAAUUUUCUCCCAUCCUUCCGUCCAAACUUCUCUCUCAUCAAAGCCAUCAGUGACAUGAGCCUUACCAAACUCUGAACGUCCUUCUAAUUUGUAAUCAUUUUAUUGGUUUGUAGCAAAAUGUAACAAUUAAGAUGUAAGUUUUAGUAAGGGGACUCUGAAGAUCUAACUGUUACUUACAAGAAUUUCAACAAAUCCUGCUCUUUCAGCACCAUCUUUGUAAAAGAAACCUGGUAUCUCCAAUGUCUGAGUCAUGGUCCUAAGGCCUCCUCACUGCAGACUUAGGUUUAUGUUUUCUCUGCUCUGCUUAGUGUAUUUCUACCUGUUCACCUUCUUUCUUUCUUCCACAAUUAUCUUAAUACUUCCAACAUGCUAUUAUCUUUUCUUCUUGUGGAUUCAUACCUUUUUUAAAGUAACCUUUUUUAUAUCAUAGUGGUGAUUUGGUAGGGAGCUAAACAAAUCUUUAGACAUAUGGAGAAAGAAAGAAAAGGAGAGAGAGAGAGAUGAUUAAUCAGAAUACUGACACCUUUAUUCUUAAAUUAUUUUUAAAAUUCUUAAUAUUUGGCAACAGGCAUUUCUCACGGUGUUUCUCCUAUUUCGCUGGUUCUUUCUGCAAUAUUAGCAAAGACUGUGGGGUGUAGAUCUGGAAUCACACUCUAGUUACGCUUUCUGCCAGUCACGGAACAUUAGGCAAGUUACUGAACCCGUUUUCAUUUUCAUUUACUCAUUUAUAAAAUUGACACAAUUUAUGUAAAGAGUGAUAUCAUUUAGAAGCUAAUUAGGAAAGAAAACAAACCUGUCAGUCAUUUUAGCAGAGAGAAUUCAAUGUAAGAAAUUAUUUUCAAAGGUGUUAGUAACUGAAUAAAUGGAAAGGGAGCAUAGCAAUAACAGAAACAGUAGCUGCGGGAAACUGCUACCACAUUUGGAGCCACGGAAUCAGAGAGAAGAGGUUUGCGUUGUUAAAAUCUAAGGGAUGUAGAAGGCACUUCACACAGCCCGACUCAGAUCCCUGAUGGGGAGACAUUGCUCAGUUAUUGCUGGUACUUCUGAGGGGGCGCAAUACAAUUGGUUCUGGGAGUGCAGAAAAAAGUGAAAACUGAAACAACUUGUAUCUUGCUGAAACCACACUGUCAGGAAGAGAGAGAAAACUGGAAGAAUCAGGUGUUAUCUUCCCUCUCGUCCUGAAACUCUUUCUCUCCUGUGCUUCCUGUUCUUCAGCAUCACAAAGCAGAGAAAAUAAGGGUAGGUUUGGAGUUGAAAGACACUAGUUAAAUAAAUGAACAUUGUAUGGCUUAGAACAUUAUCUGACCAUUCAAUAAAAGUUAACUCUCCUUUCUUUUC